AUGGAAUCGAUUACCUGGGCCUCCCAGGAGAGUCUCAAAGGCUCUACGGACAGCUCCCAAUUCAACCAAACUACUCUAGAGAAAAGCACCCUCAGCUCACCAUCAGGCCACGACUUUGAGGUCAAUUCUGGCAGGUUUCAGAACAAGUAUAAACGCAGCCAUUCACCGCUGCCCGUAGGCUGGCGGCUGCUGCAUGAGGCCAAGAAGAUCAGCCGCCUGCUGAGUCUGGCACUGAGCCUGGCUGGCAUGGUGAUCAUCGGUCUCAUCUCUCUGGGCCAGCCCUGGAUCCACUUCCAGGUGCCAUUGCUGCCCCCUUGGGACCCUGCGGGCCCCUUGACCAUCCCCGUCAGCACCAUCUUCUUUAUGCAGUGCCCUGACAGCUCCUGCCUGCAUGAGUACAACCAGGAUAUUUACUUUCUGGACUUCUCCUGGGCCUUCCUCAUCAUCGCCAGCAUCACCAACGUCUGCCUCUGCAUCAUCCUCAUAAACAUGAACUUCUUCAGCUGGUCCAACAUGCCAGCACUGGACUUCACCAACAUCGUCCUCAGCAUCCUGACAGGGACGAGCACGAUCUUGGGUGUCUUGUGCUACCUGCUGCAGGCUGACGAGUUCCUGCAGGAAGGCAUGACCUACAGGCUGGGGCGGAGCUUCUACCUGGCAUGGACCAGCGUCUUCUUCUUCAUGAUGACUGGUUUCUUGUCCUAUCUCAACUACAUGAAUUUCUGGUCCAUCCUGGCGAUCCAGGCUGUCUGGACUUAG